AUGAUUGGUUUAAAAGGUGAAAUGAGAGGUACAAAACAAAGAAAGCUGAGUGAGUCACCACAUACUAAUUUGCAUCGCAGUAAAAACUCAUCGAAGUCAUCAGAUAGUAGUUCUUCGUCAGGAAAAAAGCGUGUUACUCUGCAGAACAUUGAACAGGAUGAAGUAUCAACCGAUGUAUCAGAAUUGAAGUCGAUAGGAAAAGCACAAACGCUUGCUCAUUCAUCAGCUGAUUAUACAUUGAGUUUAAAUCAUUUGCUCGAUGUGAAUUCGCGCAAUGGUUCACAGCAAUCAAUACCUCUCAGUUCGAAAUUAGACGACUCUUUAGAUAUUACGAUUUAUUGGGCAGAUGAAAGAGGUCUCAAAUUUUCUCUAAUCGGUGGUAAAUUUGCAACAGCGUCAAGUUUGUUAUUGCUACUUGCUGACCAUUUGGGUAUCGUAGCUGAUAUUUUCAAGCAAGUAUGCGCUCUCUGGAUGGUAUCAGAUUUAUUAGAAGUGCAGUUGAAGCCACAUCAUAAUCCAUAUGAAAUCCGGAAAAACUGGAUGCAGUUUCUACAACGAUUCACGAAUGCUGAAAGUAAUGAAUUAGUUGCUGACGAGCCGCUUCUUGUAUUGAAGCGAAAUGUGCAACUUCCUGUUGAGCGAGAACGUGAAUUGGAGGAAGAUUAUAGUAACGAAAUAUUAACGGAAAUAUUGUAUAGAAGUGCAAAGCAAGAAGUUUUGAAUGGUCGAUACAUAUGUGACAUCGAUUUAAACAUAAAAUUGGCAGCCUUGCAAAUGGCUAUCGAUUUAGAACCAAAUGAAGACGUGGAUAUAAUGAAUGUGUUUGGAGAGGAGAUAGAGACAUUUUUUCCGCUGAAAUAUCGACAUAAUGUAAAAACAUUUCAUUUAUUUGGUAUUCCCAUUAUCGGUUGCAAGGGUUUGGAAACACGUAUCCUUCAAGAAUAUCGAAAUAUAAGAUUGAAUUUUGAGGGCAAACAUAGCUGUCGAAAAGCAUACCUCAAUAUUAUCCGCAAUACACCUUUUUAUGGGGCUGCAUUUUUUCGUGGAUACGUUGAACGGCCAUCAGGAAGACCAUUGAAGGAAAUCAAAAGAAUGAUACUUUCGGUGACGUUACCAGAUAUUCCGGUUCUUAUUGGAAUCAGUUGUGGUUAUGUUACAUUGAUCGAUGAAGCAAAACAAGAGGUUCUGCUGGUGCAACGACUUCAUGACUGUGAUUGCCGCUAUGUGGAUGAUCAUUUCGAAGUUGCGAUAUCAGCAGCCGUUUUAACUGAAUGCCCAUGUUUCCUUCUAACCUUUCCGGAUACUUCAUUUCUAAAUGACCAUAAUCUAAAUUCUGAAACUGAAAUGUUAAAAUUUUCGGAACAAAUUAAAGUGCUUCAGGUAUUUAGCAAACAAGCCAUAAUGAUUGAAGCUCUCAUGAAUUCUUUAUCCAAACUAAUGGAACGAAAUACUGAAGAGAACACUGAUAGCGUAAUAUCAAACAUAAAAUAUGAUAAUUGCCGACAGGAUCUCGAGGGAGCAGUAUCGGAUAAUAGCAGUCCAGAUGAUAGAAACGCAUAUGUAACUAACGUUUCAGUGAAUGAACAUAAUAUUCAACAAAGUCACAGCAACAGUAUUGGUAGUCAGUGUUCGAGUUCCCCAAGUUCGUCUCGUCUAGAUGAACAAACAAGAGGAAGUAGUAGUAGCACUAGUCGAAGUUUGACAAAUGUAUAUAACUCACCGAGCCCGCUUAUCAGCAAUAUUCAUAAACUUUGCUUGGCUACACUUGAUGCUGAUGGUCACUGUGUGGAUGCACAAGGUUCAUUAAGAGUUUUACUAGAGACCUAUCGUAUAUAUGUAAUGAUGAACGAUGUGAACAAGGUGAAUCAUUCGUGUGAUGUGACAUGUCGAGUUUGGUGUGUACAGUGGAAUCAUGCAGGCACGAUACUUGCAAGUUGUGGUGAUGAUAAAACAAUUAAGCUAUGGAAACGUAUUGAUGAUGCACCGUAUUUGGUAUAUUCUGGAACAAUAAGCGAUUCUCAUAAUAGAGCUAUUCGAUAUGUUGCAUUUUCACCAAAUGAUAAAUUCUUGGCUUCAGCUGGUUUUGAUGCUGCUAUUGUCAUUCAUCAGUUAUGCAAUAAUGACUACGAAGAAAUAAAUCGUUUAGAAGGACAUGAAAAUGAAGUAAAAUGUUGUGCAUUCUCACCAUCCGGUGAAUAUUUGGCAACUUGUAGUCGCGAUAAAUCAGUUUGGUUCUGGCAAUUAGAUGAAAACGAAGAUUUUGAGGUUGCAUCAAUUUUGCAGUCUCAUACGCAAGAUGUGAAAUUUGUGGUGUGGCAUCCAGUUGAUGAGUUGUUGGUAUCAUGCAGCUAUGAUUGCUCCAUUCGAUUUUAUCGUUUUGAUGGUGAGGAUUGGAUAACACAAGAAAAAAUCGAUAAUGCGCACAAAUCCACCAUAUGGUCAGCUGAUUUCUCAGAUGAUGGUAACUUCCUUGUAACUGUUGGAGCUGACUUCAUUAUCAAUAUUUGGAUGAAACAGGGAAUAAAUUUAGCGCCAUCGAAAAGUAAAUGGAAUAAGGUAACAAGUGUAUGCGUGAAAACGAAAUGGCCUCUGUACACGGUUUCAUGGAAUAAAUUACAUGGUAUUAUUGCUGUUGGUGGAGGAGAUAACGAAAUAAGGUUGUUUCGCUUAAAUAAUUCUAAAGACAACCCUCUCCUGGAAGAAUGUUUUGGAAGCUACAAACUCUCUUCAGAAAUCAACUGUUUAAAUUGGAAUCCUGUUGAAAGUAAUCUACUAACUGGUGCCACUGAUGAUGGUGGAAUUUGUGUUCUUCGAAUAAGUUUAUAA